UGCGUGUAAAGUGUAUUGCAAAUGGCGGCACUUGUUAUUGUUCCAUGGCGUUGAAGAGACGAGCAAACUUCGAGUGAUUCUAGUCACCCACAAAGGUGAGCUUAUGCCGUCGUGGUGACGAUGGGUCCUCAAGAGGACUUUGUGGAGACGGUCUUCACCUGCGAAGGAGACAUUAAUGACCCUGAUUUGAAGAACCGCCUUGAAGAUUUCAGAAGUACUCUCAAAGAUCUUUUAUCCACAGAUAAAAGAAAAUUAAUUCUUAAAAAAGUGGAACCCUGGAAUAGUGUGAAAGUGACAUUUAACAUCCCCCUAGAGGCAGCAACAAGGCUGAAGCAACUGGCACAGCAAGGAGAUUCAACCUUGAAACAGCUAGGUGUCUUGGCAGUUCAGUUAGAAGGGGAUCAAAUUAUUUCUUUAACAAUAGCUGGCCGAAAUAAUGAACAUACAAAAUUAAUAUUUAAAACUGCCAAUGAAACUGUUAAUGGAGCAGCAGCUGUAUUCAAUAAAGGGUCACCAGCUCUUGGACAACCAGGGGAUUUCAAUGGACCUGGUACCAGUGAAGCAUCUAGGAAAAAUAUUGCAGACUAUUUAAAACAUGGUUCCCAACUCCUUGGGUCCUUCCUACCCCCACAGCUUGACGGUAGGAGAAAUAUUAACCAGGAUGUAUUCUCUGGUGAAAACUCGGCUAGUAGGACACCCAUACCUCCGGGUCCAAAUCUGCUACAAAGAAAUGGUCCUCAAAAUGUACAUGAUCCAAGACUGUUGCAGUCUGCAAAGGAUCAGCCAGGAUUUCCCAUGUUUAUGGACAAUCACAUGACCUUACCUCCCCCACCUCCCUACCCAGGGAUUCCAGCCACUAGCCCUCUUCUUGUGAAUUUACUGCAAACGGAUGCAAUGGCAAACUUUGUGAACAGUAAAAUGUUGCCUCCAACAGAAAGUAGCCCACCUCCGAAAAAGAAGCGCAAACCUAGGAAACCAAAAGAGAAAAACAAAACUGCAACACUUGAAAUGGACAUGGGGAAUCCCAAUAAUCCAAAUCCAGCCUUGGGACAUUGUGGUUUGCCUACAUCAAUGAACAGUUCCAGCAUGCCUUCAAUGAUGGUUACUCAAGCACUCCCUGCCAACCCAAUGUCAGCAGGGACAUGCAGUGCAUUAUCAGAGCGGACCAUGUCUUCUUUUCCAGCAAAUUCAGACUUUCACCCUAUCAUGAGUGGUGUCAAUCCUCAGUUAAAGGACUUCAUGCUCACAAACAAAAUGCAACAUAAACAGGCCCAUUCUGACAAUACAUCAGGGAAGAUAAUUAAUCCUUACACUGGAAUUCUAGAACCUAUUGAGAGUUCAGACUCCAGUCCAUGUAAAAGUGAUAAUUCAAUGGAUAGUUUUUCUCCUCUGAAAAAAGUGUCUCCAAAGGACAGGAGAACCAUUGGCCUAGCAAUGUGUACCUCUUCCAUUGUCAAAAGUGUGCCAAGUUCUGCUCCCACUUCAGACAAAGUUAGAAAUUAUCAUGGGACAAGGCCCAUCAGUAAUGUCGGGGUUUCAUCUAGUCUUCACAUUCAAAGUGACAGUGCUGGUCAUCAAUUCACGGGGACGACCAAUCCUGCUUCUAUGGCUUAUUCUGGAAUAACAACUGCAGUUGUUACCACAGCGGCCAUCAGUGCUUAUAACCCAAUCAUUGCUACUUCUCAUUCUGCUGUUGCAAGUGAGAGCCUGGUCAGCACCAGAACUAGUGUUGUGAUGCAUCCAACUACAUCAAGUGAAAAUGGACCACUUGGCAUAGAUAGAUUAAUACACACAAAUCCUACAAACUUAGUGCAUGAAAGUAAAAUCUCAGAGACAUCCAUCCAUGAACAUAUAACUGGGAGAACAGAGACAUCUAUUACGACUUCUGUUGGAAGUUCAAACACUGACCCAUUGCUCAAUAUUUCUCAUCCCAAUCCAGCCAAAAAUAAUCCUCACUUAGGCAGCCAGAUGGACAGUCCAGGGGCAGACUCGGAAAAUUCCAAUCAUUGUGGUUUGUUACAAGACUCUAAUAUGCAAAAUGAGAUGGGUGCUACAAACCCAGGUUGUCAUCUGGAAGGGAAAGCGUACAAUCAUGAUUCAGGAGUGGGGAGUUCAUCAGAAAGGUCAGAUGACACUCCCUCUGAACCCGGGGAUGACCUUAAACUAGUGCAUUUAGUGGUUGAAGAAAAUAUAAAAGUGUCGGAUGCUUUGUUAAACAAAGUAUCGGCAUCUAAAAUUGUGACACAAUCAAAACUUGUGACAGAAAAUUGUACCCAAGGGUUGGAUAGUACCAGCAAAACGGUUACAUCUAACGAGAGCUUGAAUGUCCAAAGUACUGUGCAAAAAAGUACCAGUAUGGACCUGACUGUGGGUUAUGCCAUGACAAACUCAUUUGAAGGCAAACAGAGUGAUAUAUCGGCCAUGAUGACUAUGAACAAAGUGUUAAGUCAUGUGAAUGAGAAAACUUUGUACAAUCACAUAGGUAAGCAAACUUCAAACACGGUUCUUCAUUGGUCAACCACAGAUAAGUUUAUAUCCAAUCAGAUGGAGACAAAGAAGCACAGUAGUCCUAAAAGCCUGGCAUCCAGUGAGAUGCACAAACACCUACCAGCACAUUUGUUUCCAAAGCAGCACGCUAACCAGCACAGUAAGGCAAAGCGGAAAAUGGAGCAUUCACUAAACGCACAAGCACACUUCUAUUCUGAAAUGGAAGGAUCUUAUCACCCUGUAGUGUCUAAAAAUGCAAACGAGGUACUGCUUCAAAACAACAUAGAUGUGAAUUCAGUGUCAUCUAUAUCAUCCUCAUCCAGUAUGGGUCAAGUGCCAAUGCCAAAUUAUAGCAAACAGUGUGACGUAGGGAGUUCUGCGGUGAGCAAAGUUAUGUGCAAUAGUGAUCUCCAUCCCAGUAUUCAGUAUUCUUCUGGUUUUGACUCAAACAAUUCCUUAAAUUCUGUGAUUCCUAAAGACAUACAGAUGCAAAAAAAAUACUCAAAAUGUCCCCAAGAGUUAAAAGGAAAAUCCCCAGCUAACUCCAAUUCACAUCAGAUGGACUCUACUGUUUCCACUUACUCAGUGGCUAACUCUAUGGUAGAGAAGCGAAGCAGUGAUGUGUCUCAGGGAAAUGCAGAAGGAAUCACAUCAGCUCCACCUCUGACACCAAAAUCUGUUCACUCCUCAGACUCCAGUCGAAAUGUGACUAACAUGUAUAGACGAAAGUCUCCGACUGGUCCGGGCACAAGUUCAAAUCAACAACAUUUCUUAAAUCCUGGUUUACCUUUGGCUAAAAGCUUAACAGAGUCAGUUCAAAAAGUUGUUAAAGCACUUCCAUCUAUAGAAAGUUCAACUCUACCUCAUCAGCGUAAAUCUCCUGUUAAUUCAUCAUGUAAAGUUUCUUGCUCUUCUUCACCUUCAAAACCUGCCAAAACAAGUGACACUAGACCUUCUGUUUUAGAAUCUUUCACAAUGAAACAGAUUAUACCAUUCUCCUCAGCAGCUGUGAUUUCAGAAACAAACUUGACUAAUUCAGGUGACCUUGUGAAUUCCCUCCAUGGCUUUAAUGAGCACAGUGUAUCUAGUCAGGGUAUUGAAAAACUUUUACUCCCACAAAACAGUGCUCCAUUACCAGUGUUACAAAUUGAAUCUAGUCAUGAACUGGAAUUUAGCAACGUUCCAUCAGAAAAUCAUCUUGGUGUAGACAUUGAUUGCAAACAGAAUUUUCGUGAAACAAAAUCACAAAGUCUUCUCGAUAACUCAAAACCAAGUUCACAAGAUGUAAUUGUGAAAAAGGAAAAUUCUUCUAAUAAGAGUGAAAACUGUGAUAACAAAAGUGAUCUGCAGACAUGUGAGCCUCAUGCUCAGAAAAGCCAACACAGUGACAGUCAGGAUAGUAACAAGACCAAGUCUGUGAUUCUCACGAGUGCUGAAUCUGGUAGCACACCCAUUCAUGAACCCACCCAUGAAAUGGAAUCUCAACAAGAAGUAGAGAAAACUGUGAUUUCAACUCAGUCAGAAAAAGACAGCAAAAUGGAGACAAGUGCUAAAGAUGGCAAGAACACCGAAUUACCAAUCAAGGUAAACCAUGUACAGAGUAAACUCCCAGACACAAAGCGUGCUGAUGACACAAAUUCAGGUAAUUCUAAGAAUGCUGACUCAAAAAAAGAAAGUCCAAAAACAAGUUCCAAAUCUAAAGGAAGUGGGGAUGUGAACUUUAAAUCAAAGAGGCUGGAGUUGGAGGAGAAGAAUAUGGAAGUGACAGUUGUGACAAAGGUUAAGCCACUGGAGCAGAGGCAGCAGGACAAGUCUGAGCCCACAGUACCACCUAUAAUCAUUAGAGUGAGAAAAAGCACAGAAUCCAAUGAUGCCUCUAAAGCCAUUCCUGAAGUAUUGGCAGCUAAUACUGAAGAAUCUCAUUUGUCUAUGACCCUGAGGGGAAAGGGCACAUCUAAGAGCCCUGAGGAUCCUGUGCAUAACUUGCGGCACUCUAAGGCUCAGAAACAGGUCUUGGAGCAAACGGAUAAGUCCGACAAAAACUCAGAGAAAGAUUCCAAUAAAAAUGUCAUUGAUGAGGAUUCUGUGAAACGAAAUCUAAGGAGGAGAAAAUGUGUCACAAAUGAUAAUGAAACUGAGGCAAAGAAACCCAUGCUGGAAAAUGAGGAUGUGGCAAGGCACACGCGUUCUAAUGAUCUCAAAGAAAGCAACUCUAACACUGUGACUGUCAAAAAGGCAGAUGCACCUGUGCUUCAAAAAAUGGACACUUCUAAAUGUGAAGAAGAGAUUGAGACAUCCCCAGUUGUUGAUGGUGUGAAGUCAGGUUUAAGAGCUCGCACUAAUGCUAAAACAGCUGAAGACAAACAAAAGGGGUCUGGUGUUAAGGACAUGAAAAAAACAAAGACUGAGGAUGAAAACUUUAUUAGAAAUAAACAAGUGUCCCGCCAAAAGAAACUCUCUCCUUCUGUUCCUCCUGAGAAGACAUCAGCAAGUGAGAAAAAUCUCCACUUCGUGGAAGUCGGACCAGAGGACAAACAUUACCAAAUGCAGAGGAUGAGGGAAAUAAGAGAUCCACAAGAUCUGCUAAAACAAAAGGCGAUAUCAAAGAUGCAACCGAUACCCUACCUCCAAAUAGUAAGAGGCGACGCCCCUCUCGUGAUCACAGAUGAUGGGUGGUUUGAUCGGAUUCAUCUGAUAGACUGUCUACCAAAUGUCUGGAUGUUGGAUGGACGUAUCAUCACCUCAUUAACUUCAAAGCCCAUUCGACACAAAUUGUCCAAAGAUUGGUUUAUACCAACUGCCAGAAAGAAGAUUGAGGUCAAUGGUAUUUAUGGACCCAAGGCCACAAAAGUCAUGACAAGUUUUCCAGCAAAUGGUGUUCACAAUAUAGAAAUUGACAGAAAGCGGCUAAAAUAUCUGGGAUACAACAUUCAAGAAGAUUUGGUCAUAGACAAAAAGUACACCAAUAGAGAGUUCCAAGUAAUGAAGUACAGGAGGGCAUUUAUUGAGGACCUUUUGGAGGCUCGUCCUGAGGACAGAGAGAGAUGUAACAUGCUCCUCCUGUUUCUAGUCGCUUCAUUGGAGUUUGUGUUACCAACUCAUCUUGUCAAAGAAACACUGGACACAGCCAAACUCAAUAAGAUAGGACAAGUUUACUCCAUGGACCUUUUCCUGUUACCAAGAGAUGUGAGAUGUCUGUUGGUGUGUAUUCUGCUAGGAGCUGUGAAAAUUGAUAAAGAUGACAAAGAGGAUGGUGGGUUGUAUGACAAGUUGUACUUGUGCCUCUUCUAUACUGUCAGUGAGCUCGUCAAACUGAGCCACUCCUCAAACGCCAAACAAACUGCAGUCAAGUCAAAACUCAACACCUUGUACUAUGACUACAAGAGCUUGCUGGCAUCAGAGGUGGUGCAGCUGUUGUGUAUUGUUCCAGCCUUCUUUCAGUAUGUUGCCAAGGAUGUAGGCGUGAUGAAUUUAGUGGUCACAGCUACUGGAGAUCUUGAUAUCAAAGACAAAAUCACGGCUGUAUCAACCAAUGUGUCACAAGAAGGGGGGGAGGUACGUCGGUUGUACGAAGAACUGUCAGAACUGCUGCUACAGAAGGUCCAGGAGCAGUCCCUUAAUAUCAGCAAUAAAGCUCCGAAGAUGUCCAAGUGUGAUGAGAUUUUGACGGCAAGGAAAGCAUUGCCAAUGAGAAAUUCUGGAUCUUUGGAAAUGGCUGAAUUCCAUGCCAAGGGAAUCACUAGUCCAGAGAAGGACCCACCAAGAGUUCUUAGUGCUAGAAGGAGUGCUGAAAGGAACCGCAAGAAAUUUCCACAUCUGGGAGAUCCAUUGCUUCUUGGACCACAGACUUUGGGGAAAAUAGUGUCUCUGCCACAACCAUUUGUUGCACUUGUUGCUAUGGACUCAGUACCAGUUGCGAAUGGUGCCAUGGAGAGCAAACUGAAGGCCAGUGAGGACCACUACACGUACGUCAACAUGGAGCAACUGAUGUGGGACGAGGCUCUCUCUUUCUGGAAACCAAAGGGAGCAAUCGGAGACAGGCUGACCUUGCAUACAGUUGAAGACUUGCAGCGGGAGCUAGAACUGAAAGCAAGCAUGGCGGACAAAACAGCGAGACCCAAUACCCCAGACUGGAUGUCCUCCAUUGACCCCAACGCCCCCCUCAUUUACUCCCCCAGGGUACCCCCUGUAACACCCCCUGAGACACCAAAAACAAAGCAUUAUGAAUUGAUCAUGGGAAUUUUGCCAGAUCGUCUAUUUCGUCAUGUAACUAUAUUCAGGUCUCUAAACACCAACCCCCGCCCCAUGUCAUCCAUGCUGAAGGACAAGCUGGACCUAAAGUUGGAGAUGAGUCGGCGGGCCAUGUCAGCCGGAGGAGCAUUGGAGCGGAACCACACAGCCGGAGAAGCACUGGAGCGGAACCAUUCAGCCAAAGACCAGGUUCAAAUCCCUCAAAACCCACAGCAGCAACAAAUAACACCACACAAUAGAGAUGAAGAGGUGAAGGAAGCGAGUACAGAGACGGAGCCCCAGCAUACUGAGGGUACAGAGCCAGGAGCUACAGACUCAUGUCUACAUUGUGUGCUGGAGGCAGCCAUGUCAGGGGACAAACUCAAUCAGGACAAUGAACAAGCUCCUUCUGCUCAGGAAGUAGAAGAGGGGACCAAAGAACCCAAUCAAAGUGGUAAUGAGGUGGAGCAACCCACGAAUGAACAAGUGGCAGCAAGUGAGGUAAAAUCUGAGGAACAAGUAGGACAUCCCCACCCAAGGGAUUCAGUCACUCCGCCGGAGGGAGCGGGAAGACAGCAGGUGGCAGAAGAUACCCUUGCAGUCAAAGGCCUGACCCUGAAGAUGCAAACCUCAGGGGAAGAAGCAGAGCUGACAGCUAGAACCGAUGGAGACACAACGAAUCGCAGUGAGGUCAAAGGGUCAGGGGUUCAGGGGUCACUCAGCAGUCGACAGAGCACGCCCAGAACUGGGCAAAGACCUACCUCAGGAAGAAAACAAGUCAGUACUCGGCCUUACAGUGCAAUGGAUGCAUACAGAUACAUAGUGGCCCAUCCCAUUAAAACCAACACCGAGGCUGGAUACAACACGUCAUACCAAAGACAGCGGACCGAGGCUUGGAAACAGACCGCAGCAAAGUCCUCCAACAUGGAGGACGUUAUAAAAGUGUCAGUGGUACCUGUUGUAACAAAAUCGGAAGGACGAAGGAAAUCUCCCCCGCCUCAGAGACCUUCCUCGCCGGCAGCCAUCAUCCGAAUCCAGUCAGCAAAUCACCACCACAGCACCACCAGGCCAUCCAGUGCACUUCAUGUCAAGGUGGGAUCUGAUUGGCUAGCUGGAGGUCGGGACAUCUUCUGGGAAAACGUUCAAAAGAGGCCACGGUCAGGCCAUGUACCUGGGUGGAAGGAGGGGCUCCCUGAGAGCAUGAAGAGACCCCGGUCAGCCGUGGCCAACCGGACUCUCAGACGAUCCCGAGCCUCUACUCCAGUAACACCCUCCUCUCUGAUGUAUGAAAGCAUGCUCCAUGGUUACCCGACUCCCAACGGAUCUCUCCCAGAACUAACUGACCUCUCUGACUACCCCCAUUCGUCGGGCAGUCACCGAAUACGCAUGCUUGGUACCCCUCAUGGGGGCCAAGCUGAGUUUUACACAACUCCACCACACGAUACUGUAUAUAGGCUUUCAUACAUUUUGAUCUCGUCGUAUCUCGUUGCUAUUAUUGACUUUCUGCUGAUGUCACGUGACAGGUGCGAGACUUUUCGAGUUGACAACUGCAAGUUCCAUGCCGAUGAAGAUAUUUACACUAAUUUGGAUCCCAACGCAGAAUACCUGAGCCAGAUACUAACCAACAUUCGGAAUAAUCCUAGUGGCAUUGAGACAGACCCUCGCUUGGCUGAUCAGAGUUUGCAAGGUAAUUCUAGUUUUCAUGCUGCAAGCCUUGAAGGACAGUCCAUGUAUGCUGAGACCCUUAACAGCUGGAAUAACUACGAUCCUUUUGCAACUACUGAAGUGUUGAAAGCUUCUCAAGAACCAGUUGAAAAUGCUCAGAUGAAAUCUAAACCUUCAUAUUCAGAUAUAGCUAAAUCUCUUAAAUCUAAACCAAUUCAACAAAAUAAAGAAAAAGACGAAGUUGAUGCACCAAAGAAAAAGUGUCCCGAACCACCUGUAGGAAAGCAUCAUAAACAAUUCAACCGUAAAGGUUCCCACACACAGAAACCACAUUCUAAAGGGCAUAAACAAAUGUCUGAUCACAUGGAGUCGAAAGUAAAGCCCAACUCCAAGUAUGGUUUGGACAAAUUUGAAGACAUGAGCAAGAUUGAGACCGGUAGUAUGAAAAGUGAGAGUGUGGAGAGUAUUCCUCUGAUGUCAAGGAAGGGUAGCACCAGCAGUGUUAGCAGUGGAACUAGUGGAAUUGAAGAAAUCCAUUUGUCCAAAGGACCUGUGACAGGAGCAAAGAAAGAUAACUCUGGGCAGAGGACCAAAUUGGAGGGUAAGCAAGAAAAGCCCCAACCAUCAAAACCUGCUGAUAAAGCAUUCUUUGAUCCUAGAAGAAUUUUUCAACAAAACAAGUCUCCAAAAGAUGUUCCGAAGGGCUCAACCGAGUCAACUGUUUUAAACAAUGGUAAACCAAUGGGAAGAUCAAAAUCCACCUCAGAGAAUCACAGGAAGUCAUCAGAUUACAUCAAUAAUGAUCUUAGAGAUGCCAAGAAAAAGACCAACCAGCCCAAUGCAAACAAAGAGCCAGAGAAGAAAGAAAAUGCUAAUGUUGGUGGUGGAAGCAAUAGUAGUGGGAGCAGAAAUGACAGGAAACAGAAGAACACUGCUGCUCAGACCGACGGUCACCCAGCCGUGACCAGACGUAGGAAGACCAAGUCUGCCCAGCACCAGUACUCAUUUGAUCAGGAGUAUGUCGAUGAAUGGAUUAAUUACAUAUUAGAGAAAAUCAAGAAAGGAUUAGCAUACUUGUGGUCUGUUCUCAUUACGCUUCUUCUCCUGUUGCUUGGACUAGUGGCAUAUUUAGUGACUGUGUGUGUUCACAUCAUUACAUGGGCAUGGAGCAAAGUAUCUACAGUUGUCAAGACUAAGUUGUUUCAGAAGUAUUUUAAGAAACAUCUUCCACCAAACCCAGAACCAGAAUUAAGAAUAGGACUGGAAUCCAAUAUAGAUUUACCUUCAACAGGUGAAGAGGCCAUGCAGAGACUUCUAGCUUGUAAGGGAAAAGAUCCAUAUAGCAUUCUAGGAUUAAGAUAUGAUGUUGCUGAUGAUGAAGUAAAGAAAUAUUACAGAAAACAAGCUGUACUAGUCCAUCCUGACAAGAAUACUCAGCCUGGUGCUGAAGAGGCUUUCAAAAUUUUGGGUCAUGCCUUUGAAUUGAUAGGAGAGCCAGAAAAACGUAGACUUUACAACUGCCAGAUGGAAGAAGCAAGUCAAGCUGAAGCAGCCAUGAGAGAAUUCAAUGAUCUUCUAACAAACCUCCAAGACAAGAUUCAAGAGGCAGCCAAUCUGAUGCGCUGUGAUAACUGUGGGGGAAAACACAAGAGAGUUCCUAUUGACAGGCCAUGGUACAGCUCCCGAUUUUGCAAACGGUGCAAUAUAAGACACUCGGCCAAAGAGGGUGAUGUAUGGGCAGAAACCACAGUAUUUGGGUUUUUAUGGCAUUACUUCGCAUGUAUGGAAGGAAAGAUAUACGAUAUUACAGAGUGGGUCUCAUGCAAAAAGGACUAUUUCAAGCAUAUGCAGCCCAAUGCUCACCAUGUGUUUUACAGAAUUGCCACAGAAGGAGGUCGAAAUUCAAAUAGUAAUCAACAACAUGGAAGAUCUGGUGAAGCAGACCUAGAGGACUUCAUAAAUCAUUUAUUUCAUCAAGCAAUGAGCACGGAACAAAAUGGCAACGCUCAAUGGCAACCCCCGUCACAGUCUCAACCCCCAGCCCCGGGCUGGGGGGCGGCCAGUGCUGCUAAGAAGGCCCGCCGCAGAAAGAAGAAACAUUGACUUCCCCAACACUGCCUUAAUUGAUAGUCCAUUUCUGUAUACAUGGUUUAAUUGUUCACUUAUAACACAUCAAUGUUUCCUUUUAUGCAAACAGUAGAAAUGUUAUAUGCUUUUUGUGAAACAUAUCUAAUAUUUUUGUUUUUUUUGUUUUUUUGUUCCAACUUCUCAUGUACAACGCAUUGCUCUAGAAAUGAAGCAUGUAGUGUACUCAAGAUACCCUACAGAUCUGUGAGGCUUAGGUAAUGUGUUAAGUAAUUUCAGGAAACUUUUUCUAAACUGUUUCAUAACACAAUAGUUUGUAUUAUUGAUUGUUCUCUACCUUCCAUAAUUAUAAAGAAAUAUCUUGCCAUUUGUUGAUUUUUAUAGGUCAGAAGUGGUGCUUUAAUAGGAUAUAUCAAGUGCCAAAAUCUGAUGGAAGAAACUUUCAUUUUAAGUGCAAAGUGUAAUGAAGUAACAUUUUUGUUUAUGGUAUCGCAAGUUGAUUAAAGAUAGUUCCAAAUAGUCAUUUUGCCUACAUCAACAUGUAGGUAAUCAUGUGAUAUUUGUGCAUGUAUACAAGUACAUGAUAGCUGAUAGAAUUCAAAUUUUUUGUCUUUUACUUGGCUAUUAAAGAACUUUUCUUUUAUAUUUUGAGAUUUUGAAGCAUUUUCAUAAUGCUGUGGACAACUAAAAGUCUAUAAGGGUUGUACCAAUUUUGAUUGUUCUUACAACACUGAUCUGUUAGAAAAUUUACUGAUGUGUAUACAAGACUGAUUUCUUUCUUUUUAUUGCUGUAUGAUAUUGUAACAAUGUUUUGUUCCAAUUAAAAGGAUUGACAAAGUUAACAACUUUAAUAAUUAAAAGUUAGACAAAUUGAA